CAGAUACAGAGGGAAGAGAUCUCUCGUCGGAACCGCAGGGAAGAUAAUCGAUUUGACCAUCUGCGCCGUCGGCCGCCGCGUUGCCCUAGGAUCCGAGCAAGGAUGGAGAACGGCGACCUGUCAACAAUGGCACCGUCGAGCUAUUCCGAUGAUGAGGUGGACAAGGCGGUGGACAAGGCGGUGGACGCCGCCCUCGCUGCCGUGGAGGCCCGGAGUAAUAAACCCGGAGGGGGAAAAAAGAAGAAGUGGAAGACCUUCCGGUACCCGCCAGACGAGGCGGAGAUGCUCAUGAACAUCCAGCUGAAUACAUACCCCAAGAUGCCCAACGUGUCGCCCGAGCUGGAAGCAGAUUUCCCGGAGAUCUUCAGCCAAUUAAGGGCCACGUGGGCCAGAUGCACGGAAGUUGCGGAGCAGAGCAACAUGCAGCUGCUUGCAAAGCGGGAUGAGAUUCGACGAGAGUACGCAGCCAAAGGCUAUGUCACAUACAAGGCCGAGGUCACCGACGAGGAUGAAGAAGAAGGCCCUCGUCGGCCUCGAGGAGGAGGCAGGAGGAGAUUCCGCGUGGGAGUUGGCAAGCAUUCAAGUGGAGCUAGAAAGUUAAACUAA